CUCUCUCUCUCUCUCUCUCUCUCUCUCUCUUGCAUACACCUCCCUCUUUGGCUCAUUUAUCAGUUGUAGUAUUUGGAUCAUCGAUCUUCUAUUGAUUGUAAGAGUCAUGGAAGACAUAAAGGUCGUUAGACAAGAAGCCACAGGGAGCAACGACUACAGCCAUAUCAUCAAAGGCAAGCGUACAAAACGACAGAGGCUCCAGACGCACAUCGCUGCUGCCAUGACAAGCUCAUCGAGCGGCUGUGGCAGAGAUGAUCAAAAUAUCUCUUCUUCUACCUCUUCUAUUGAAAUCUCCGCGAGCACUGAAGAAGAAGAAAUGGCCAAUUGCCUUAUUCUUUUGGCCCAAGGAGGCAUCCCCCUAUACGGCCCAAGGUUCAAUCCGCAGCUGGAAGGGAGCGGAGCGGGGAGAUUUAGCUGCCGGAAAUUCUCAGAGGCUGAAACGACAACCGCCGGCAAAGACGGUUUUCACCUUUACGAGUGCAAGACAUGCAACCGAUGUUUCCCUUCAUUCCAAGCCCUGGGCGGGCACAGGGCAAGCCACAAGAAGCCAAAAGCGGUGGAAGAGAAUGAGAACGAAACCAGCAACAGCCUUCCCUUUCAGAUGGUUAAAUCGGCUCCUUAUAACAAGUCUAGGGUACACGAAUGCUCUAUAUGUGGGUCAGAAUUCUCAUCCGGCCAGGCAUUGGGCGGUCAUAUGAGGCGGCAUCGGCCGGCCAUUGUAGAGGCACUUGAGAACAGGAAAGAAAGGAGUAUCCUGGCCUUGGAUCUCAACCUCCCUGCCCCAGAAGACGAUCACGACCUUUUGAAAUCUACCAGAGGCUUCACCAAACAGUCUGUUGCCUAUGCAGCUUCAGCUACGGUGGAUUGCCAUUACUAACAAGGAAACUUGCUUUCCUUACCACCUCCACAAGGCAUCUCAUGUGAAUUUUACACAUCCUUAUUUAUUAUACUUUUUAUUUCUAGUUGAUUUUGUUAUACUUGUUGUUGUUGUUGUUGUUAUCAUUAUUUAUUAUUAUUAUUAUUAUUAUUAUUAUUAUUAUUGAUUCUUUGAACAUUUUUCUUCU